AUGUCGGUCACCCUCCACACCACUCUCGGUGACAUCAAGGUCGAGGUCUUCUGCGAGACCACUCCGCGAGCGGCCGAAAACUUCCUCGGCCACUGUGCAGCCGGCACGUACGACGAUGUCAAGUGGCACCGCAACAUCAAGACGUUCAUGAUCCAGACUGGCGAUCCCACUGGCACAGGCAAGGGCGGCCAAUCCAUAUGGGGCAAGCCAUUUGCGGAUGAGAUCCGCUCCACGCUCAAGUUCGACCGCAGGGGCAUAGUCGCUUGCGCCAAUGCCGGUCCCGAUACCAACAAGUCCCAGUUCUUCAUCACGUACGCCAAGCAUCCUCAUCUGGACGGCAAGUACACCAUCAUAGGCAAGGUCAUCGACGGCGCCGAAGACGGUGGGACUCUCGAUGCCAUGGAGGCGGUCCCUGUCGACGCCAAGAACAGGCCCACCACCGAGAUCCGCAUGACUGGCGUCACCAUUCACGCCAACCCGCUCGCCCUCAAGUCAAUAGGCAAGUGA